UCUGGCAGGGUGUCCGCCUUGCGGUGUGUCCCCUGGCCCCAGCCCUUAGCUUCGUCUGACUGUGGCCUGGCCCCACUUUCCUCAAAUCCCUUCCUGGCGCUGGCAUGGCCAAGGCCGUCCUGAAGGGCUGGCUGCUCUGGGCCCUGCUCCUGCCGUCGGCCCGGGCCCAGCUGUACACACCCACACACCAGCACGGCUACUGUGCCUUCUAUGAUGAGUGUGGGAAGAACCCUGAGCUCUCCGGCAGCCUGGCCUCGCUGUCCAAUGUGUCCUGCCUGUCCAACACACCUGCCCGCCCCAUCAACGGCAGCCACCUGGCCCUCCUGCAGCGCAUUUGUCCCCGCCUCUACUCUGGCCCCAACACCACCUAUGCCUGCUGCUCCCAGAAGCAGCUGGUGUCCCUGGAGGCCAGCAUGGCCAUCACCAAGGCCCUGCUGACCCGCUGCCCAGCCUGCUCGGACAACUUCGUGAGCCUGCACUGCCACAACACCUGCAGCCCCAACCAGAGCGUCUUUGUGAACGUGACGCGUGUGGUUCUGCGGGAGGAUGGCCAGCCCCCGGCCGUGGUAGCCUAUGAAGCCUUCUACCAGCGCAGCUUCGCUGAACAGGCCUACGACUCCUGCAGCCAGGUGCGCAUCCCAGCAGCCGCCACGCUGGCCGUGGGCGCCAUGUGUGGCGUCUAUGGCUCCGCCCUCUGCAAUGCCCAGCGCUGGCUCAAUUACCAGGGGGACACGGGGAAUGGUCUGGCGCCGCUGGACAUCACCUUCUACCUAUGGGAGCCCGGCCAAGCCACAGUGAGUGGUAUUCAGCCCCUGAAUGGGGAGAUCACUCCCUGCAACCAGUCCGAGGGCAACGGCACAACCGCCUGCUCCUGCCAGGACUGCGCCGCAUCUUGCCCGGCCAUCGCCCAGCCCAAGGCCCUGGAUGCGACCUUCCGCCUGGGCCGCAUUGACGGCGGGCUGGCCCUGAUCAUCAUCCUGUGCUCUGUCCUUGCUGUGCUCACUGCCUUCCUCACGGCACCCCGCCUACGUCCCUGCAGGAAAAUGGGGAGGAUGCCAGACCCCAAAGCCAGCCCCAGCUUCUCCAACAGGCUCAGCCUCUCCACGCACACCCUGCUCAACCGGGGCUUCCAGGGCUGGGGCACGUGGGUGGCCUCGUGGCCCCUGACAGUCCUGCUGGUGUCCACUGCCAUGGUGGCAGCUUUGGCUGGGGGGCUGGCCUUUAUGAAACUGACCACGGACCCCGUGCAGUUGUGGUCAGCCCCCAACAGCCAGGCCCGGAGGGAGAAGGAGUUCCAUGACCAGCACUUCGGCCCCUUCUUCCGGACAAACCAGGUGAUACUGACGGCACCUCACCGGCCCAGCUACAGGUACGACUCCCUGCUGCUGGGGCCCAAGAACUUCAGCGGGGUGCUGGACACUGACUUGCUGCAGGAGCUGCUGGUGCUGCAGGAGAGGCUGCGGCACCUGCAGGUGUGGUCGCCCGAGGAGCAGCGCAACAUCUCCCUGCAGGACAUCUGCUAUGCCCCUCUCAACCCGAGCAAUGCCAGCCUCUCCGACUGCUGCGUCAACAGCCUCCUGCAGUAUUUCCAGAGCAACCUCACGAGGCUGCUGCUCACUGCCAACCAGACACUCACAGGGCAGAUCUCCCAGGUGGACUGGCGGGACCACUUCCUCUACUGUGCCAACGCCCCCCUCACCUUCAAAGACGGCACGGCCUUGGGCCUGAGCUGCAUGGCCGACUAUGGAGCCCCGGUAUUCCCAUUCCUCGCCGUGGGCGGCUACAAGGGGAAGGACUACUCUGAGGCAGAGGCUCUGAUCUUGACCUUCUCCCUCAACAACUACCUUCCCGGGGACCCCCGGCUGGCUCAGGCCAAGCUCUGGGAGGCGGGUUUCUUGGAGGAGAUGCAAGCCUUCCAGCAGCAAAUGGCUGGCAUAUUCCAAGUCACAUUCAUGGCGGAGCGCUCCCUGGAGGACGAGAUCAGCCGGACCACGGCCGAGGACCUGCCCAUCUUCGCCAUCAGUUACCUGGUCAUCUUUCUGUACAUUGCCCUGGCUCUGGGCAGCUACACCAGCUGGAGCCGCUUAUUGGUGGAUGCCAAGGUCACGCUGGGCCUGGGCGGGGUGGCCGUGGUGCUAGGAGCCGUCCUGGCCUCUAUAGGCCUCUUCUCCUACGCGGGCGUCCCCACCUCAGUGGUGGUCCUUCAGGUGGUGCCUUUCCUGGUGCUGGCUGUGGGCGCCGACAACGUCUUCAUCUUCGUUCUGGAGCACCAGAGGGUGCCUCGGAACCCUGAGGAGGGUCUGGAGGCCCACAUCGGCCGGGUGCUGGGCAGUGUGGGGCCCAGCAUGCUGCUCUGCAGUGUCUCCGAGGCCAUCUGCUUCUUUCUGGGUGCCCUGACCCCCAUGCCCGCGGUGCAGACCUUUGCACUGACCUCCGGCCUUGCAGUGAUCCUGGACUUCCUGCUGCAGAUGUCGGCGUUCGUGGCCCUGGUGGCCCUUGACGCCAGGAGGCAGGAGACCUCCCGGCUGGACGGCUGCUGCUGCAUCCGCGCCAAGACGCCACCCCCGCCCUACCCGAACGAGGGGCUUCUCCUCCGAUUCUUCCAAAAGGUCUAUGCCCCGUUCCUGCUGCACCAGGUCACCCGAGUGGUUGUGCUGCUGCUGUCGCUGGCCCUGUUUGGGGCGUGUCUGUACUUCAUGUGCCACAUCAGUGUGGGGCUGGACCAAGAGCUGGCCCUGCCCAAGGACUCGUACCUGCUGGACUACUUCCUCUUUCUGAACCGGUACUUUGAGGUGGGGGCCCCGGUCUACUUCGUCACCACCGGGGGCUACAACUUCUCCAGCAAGGCGGGCAUGAACGCCAUCUGCUCCAGCUCCGGCUGCGACAGCUACUCCCUCACCCAGAAGAUCCAGUACGCUGCCGAAUUCCCUGAGCAGUCUUACUUGGCCAUCCCUGCCUCCUCCUGGGUGGACGACUUCAUCGACUGGCUGACACCGUCCUCCUGCUGCCGCCUUUAUGCCUUUGGCCCUCAUAAGGACGAGUUCUGCCCCUCCACCGUCACCUCGCUAGCCUGCAUCAAGAACUGCAUCAGCUUCACCCUCGGGACUGUGCGGCCCUCAGUGGAGCAGUUCAACAAGUACCUUCCCUGGUUCCUCAGCGACCUGCCCAACAUCAAAUGUCCCAAAGGGGGCCUGGCAGCCUACAACACUUCUGUGGACUUGGGCCCUGAUGGCCAGAUUUUAGCCUCACGCUUCAUGGCCUACCACAAGCCCCUGAAGAACUCGCAGGAUUACACGGAGGCCCUACGGGCAGCUCGGGCACUGGCAGCCAACAUCACCGCUGACCUGCGGAAGGUGCCAGGCACUGACCCGGCCUUCGAGGUCUUCCCCUACACAAUCACCAACGUGUUCUAUGAGCAGUACCUGACCGUGGUGCCUGAGGGGCUCUUCAUGCUCAGCCUCUGCCUGCUGCCCACCUUCACCGUCUGCUGCCUCCUGCUGGGCAUGGACCUGCGCUCUGGCCUCCUCAACCUCUUCUCCAUCAUCAUGAUCCUGGUGGACACCGUGGGCUUCAUGGCUCUGUGGGGCAUCAGCUACAAUGCUGUGUCCCUCAUCAACCUGGUCACGGCGGUGGGCAUCUCGGUGGAGUUUGUGUCCCACAUCACCCGCUCCUUUGCAGUCAGCACCAAGCCCACUCGGCUGGAGAGGGCUAAGGAGGCCACCAUCUCCAUGGGCAGUGCGGUAUUUGCUGGAGUGGCCAUGACCAACCUGCCUGGCAUCCUCGUCCUGGGCUUGGCGAAGGCCCAGCUCAUCCAGAUCUUCUUCUUCCGGCUCAACCUGCUCAUCACCCUGCUGGGCCUGCUGCAUGGCCUGGUCUUCCUGCCUGUCACCCUCAGCUACCUGGGGCCUGAUGUCAACCCAGCUCUGGUGCUGGAGCAGAAGCGGACAGCAGAGGUGGCUGCCACCAGGGUAGCUGCCUGCCCAAAGCACUCCUCCCUGACCUGCCCGGCCAACGGCACCUACAUCAAUGGUGGCUUUGAACAUCCUGCUGGGAACGUGGACCCAGGCACUGGUAGCAGCCCCCUGCCCCAGUGAGCAGAGCCCCGUCCAGGAUCCAGAGGACUGAGGGCUCCCAUGUGGACCCUGGCCUGUCUUCCCCUCAGAGCCUGGGAGUGGCUGUCCCUGUGGGAAAGCCCACCCUGGGACUCCUUCUGGCUGCCAGGUGCCCUAAGGGCCCCCCACCCUGGCGUCAGGCCCCUGGUUUCCAAGUCACACAAGCCUCGGUCAACACAGGCUUGCCUCGUCCUUCCUGGGACCUGGUUCUCGGGGCCCAGAAAGAGGCACACGCAUUGGCUGCAGACUCAGAGUAGCUGCCCACUUCCUGUGCAUUCCCCCACCCUGCCUCUACCCACUCUUCAGUGUCCCUGAGAAUACAGGGCAGGACCCCACCCCACAGGAGGCCCCGGAGGGGCUUCCUGCUGGUGGGGGUUGCAGAAUGUUCUGGAAAACAUUGGUCAUGGAUGGACCCUGAUAGGAAACGCUGCUCACUUUGGCCUUCAGCUCCAGUGACUGUCCAGUUGUUGCUGCCAGUGGAGCCACUCGUGGGUCGGCUCGGCAGUGAGCUCCCGGGCUGGGCCGCCUGCCCCCAGUUCUGUGCCCAGAGCGCCUCUGCAGCCUCAGAGCAGCCCCAGCAGAGCCUCCACAGAGAAGCGGGAACCAGGAGCACGCCUGCUCCGGGCCGUGCGAGUUGGUGCUUAAUAAAUGUCUGUGGGGCAGAUAUGGGGUUUAUGUCACAUGUCCUAUUCUGGAUGCCUCUGGGCUUGAGACACUUUUUGUGUCACACAAAUGACACCUGCAUGGCAGGGUGACUUAGGGGAUAUUAGACUGUGUUUUUCCCUUCCCUUUCCAAGAAAGGAGCUAGGCCCUUGUGAGCCUUUCCCUGGAAGUGCUUUCUGGAGCGGCCCCACUGCAGAGUGCUUCCCGGGAGCAGCCCGUGAGGGAGGCGACACCCAGACAACCUGUUGGAGAAGCAAGGUGCCCAUGGGGAGGGAGGGACCCCCUGUGCACAGCAGCAGCCCCCAGGAAGGUCUUGUGCAGGGACAGGGGUCAGAGUGCCAAGCACCAAGGCCUCCUCCAGAACUUUCUGCUGAGCUUGGGCUCCAGCUCUGUCCCUUCUUCCAUUGAGUGGGUUUGGCUGAGGAGCUGCUGUGACCUCAUGUGACGGGAGGACAUGCAAAGCAGAUGUGUUCGCGUGGGUCCACGUGCCACCCAGUGUCCUAGCUCAUGAACAGACCACUUCCAUCUGUCAGCUGCCCUGCCAGUGGACAACCAGAGGGUCCCACUGCUGCUCCACUGCAGCCCACAAGCACUACUUGGAAUUCCAGAGUCCCAGGAGCUCUGAAAACCUAGUUCAUUACUAUUUUCCUUUGGAAGUUUGGGACAAACUCAGCUGGUGGCAAAACCUGACAGGACCGGUUGUAUCUGCUGAUCCUCUUCACUAACAGGCUUUCCACAACCUUCUGCCCACGCGGCAUGAACAGCAUGCAUGUCAGGGCGUCAGCAAGUUUGGUGACUGGCUGCCGCCUGUGCUGGGGCCUCCCAGGCAUUGGGAUAGUAGGCCGAUGGGGCCCAGUCUCUAACAUGGUGUAAGGGUCAGGGGUCUUCCCAAAACACAUUCCACACUCUCAACUUCAACUCACCUCUGGGGUUGCAGGGAUGGCCCCUGCGCAAUGUGCACAUGCGUGUUCGUCUCCUGUUGGCAUGUGAGAGAGUCACGGGCAGGCACAGGCAGCUGGCAGCUGGCCAUUGGCAGGGGCUCUCUGGGGCCUGGCACACAACGCCUCCUCUUGCUUUUGGGGAGGAAGGGGAGCAUUAUGGCUGAUGGCCACUUUUGAAAUACAUUAAAAACAUUUUUAGCACAGUCUUAGAUUUACCAAAAAUUGCAAAGAUAGGACAGAGUUCCUAUAUGCACCAUGCCCAGCUCACCCUGCUAACAUGUUGCACAAGUGUGGGGCAUUCAUCAGCGUGCAAUCAGUGAACCAAUAGUGAUAAUUACUAAUUGAAGCCUUUACUUUAUGGUUCUCCUCUUUCAGCUUUUUCCUGUUGCAGGACCCUGCUUAGGACACUGUGUGACGUUCAGGCAUCAUGUCUCUGGAAGCUCCCGUGGGGGUGACAGUUUGUUGGACUGUUUUUGAUGACCUGACAAUUUGGAAGGCUGUUCAGGUGUCCUUCCCAUGGGCUUUCUCUGGUGUUUCUCUCCUGGCAGGAUGGGGUUAUGGGCUUUGGGGAAGAGAACCACAGGGACAGAGUGACUGUCUCAGCUCAUCGUGGUGAG